AUGCAAGUGUUUUUUACUAUUUUGUAUAAACUAUGAAGUCGUUUAUAUUUGGCGUUUUAUUUGUUUUGGCUCAUAAUUCAUGCUGUUGUGCAGACAGUAGUACUGUGGAUGUUUUUGAGUUCGGUAAUAAUGAAGGACAUGUUGCAUUUACAAAAUCUGGUAAAAUUGGUGUACUGGAAAAAAACGUCGACGUACCUAUUAUUUUACCAUACUGCAUGGAGUUGAGAUAUGUGCGGGUAGACGUAGAUAACGCUAUCGGGCCUCCAAAGGUGGAUUUCGACGCAGACGUGAACACGGUCCGCAUUAGAUACCGGCGAGGACAGUUCAGUAUUUCCAGCUAUACAGUGACUGCCAAAGCUGUGCAAUCGAGUAUUUGCGGCCAACCGUAUUAGUGAAAUUCACUCUCCGUAGUACAAAAGGAUAAAGGAUAAUAAGAAAUAACUAAUAUUAAAAAAUAUAUAUUUGACUUCAUAGUUAUGUUAAAUCAGGAAUAUAUAUUCUUCUUAUAAAUAACUAUGGGA